GACGGCGAGGGGGCGUGUCCGGCGGGCGGGCGGCGGCGGCGCGGGCCGGGUGCGCGGCGGCGCAGCGUCCUGUGCUGGAAUGUGCGGCUCCCGCGGGCUGGCGGCGCAGCAGCAGAUCGAGCGCCGCCGCCGAGGCCGCGGGCCCCAGACCCGGGCGGCCGGGACCGCAGCGACGGCAGGACCAGGGCCGGCGGUCUGAUCUGGGUUCCGCGUUCGCACACCGGGAUCUCGAGGGCCUCGACGUCCAACUUUUUUCCCCUCUCUCCCUCCCCUCCCCCGAAAGUCCAGCAACAAAGAAAAGGAGUUGGAGCGGCGGCGGCGGCGCGGGGGCGGCGGUCCGUGGGCGCGCAGCUAAGAGGUGUACAGUUAUGGCCACCCAGGUGAUGGGGCAGUCUUCUGGAGGAGGAAGUCUCUUCAACAACAGUGGCAACAUGGGCAUGGCCUUACCCAACGACAUGUAUGACUUGCACGAACUCUCGAAAGCUGAACUGGCUGCACCUCAGCUCAUCAUGUUAGCCAACGUGGCCUUGACUGGGGAAGUGAAUGGCAGCUGUGAUUACCUGGUCGGUGAAGAGAGACAGAUGGCCGAAUUGAUGCCUGUUGGAGACAACAACUUCUCAGAUAGUGAAGGGGAAGGCCUCGAAGAGUCGGCUGAGCUAAAAGGUGACCCCAGUGGGCUGGAGAACAUGGAGCUAAGUGCUGUAGAACCCCAGCCUGUAUUUGAAGCAUCCGCUGCCCCAGAAAUAUACAGCGCAAAUAAAGAUCCCGCUCCAGAAACCCCGGUAGCAGAGGACAAAUGCAAGAAUCUGAAGGCCAAGCCCUUCCGUUGUAAGCCGUGCCAGUACGAAGCAGAAUCUGAAGAGCAGUUUGUGCAUCACAUCCGGGUUCACAGUGCUAAGAAGUUCUUUGUGGAAGAAAGUGCAGAGAAACAGGCCAAAGCCAGGGAGUCUGGGUCUUCCCCGGCGGAAGAGGGUGAGUUCUCCAAAGGCCCCAUCCGCUGCGAUCGCUGUGGCUACAACACCAACCGCUAUGAUCACUACACUGCACACCUGAAGCACCAUCUGAGAGCUGGGGAGAACGAGCGGGUCUACAAGUGUAUCAUUUGCACGUACACGACAGUCAGCGAGUACCACUGGAGGAAACACCUGAGAAACCAUUUUCCCAGGAAAGUCUACACCUGUGGCAAGUGCAACUAUUUUUCAGACAGAAAAAACAAUUACGUUCAACACGUUCGAACUCAUACAGGAGAACGCCCGUAUAAAUGUGAACUUUGUCCUUACUCAAGUUCUCAGAAGACUCAUCUAACACGACACAUGCGGACUCAUUCAGGUGAGAAGCCAUUUAAAUGUGAUCAGUGCAAUUAUGUGGCCUCUAAUCAGCACGAAGUGACCCGACAUGCAAGGCAGGUUCACAACGGACCUAAACCUCUUAAUUGCCCUUACUGUGACUACAAAACAGCAGAUAGAAGCAACUUCAAAAAACACGUGGAGCUGCAUGUUAACCCACGGCAGUUCAACUGCCCCGUGUGUGACUAUGCGGCUUCCAAGAAGUGUAAUCUACAGUAUCAUUUCAAAUCUAAGCAUCCCACCUAUCCCAGCAAAACAAUGGAUGUCUCCAAAGUGAAGCUAAAGAAAACCAAAAAGAGGGAGGCUGACCUGCUUAGCAACGCUGUCCCCAACGAGAAGACAGAGACAGAGCAAACAAAAACAAAGGGGGAUGCAUCUGGGAAGAAAAACGAGAAACCCUUGAAAGUCUUGGGAAAAGAUGUUUCAAAAGAGAAGAAGCCUUGUAGUAAUGCCUUGGUGGUCCAGGUAACUACCAGGACUCGGAAGUCAGCGGCGGAGACUAAAGCAGCAGAGGGGAAACACACAGAUGGACAGACAGGAAACAGUCCAGAAAAGUCGUCCUGUAAAGCCAAGAAAAACAAAAGAAAGAUGGAUGCUGAGACCCAUUCCUCUGAUGAGCCUGUGAACGAGGGACCAGUGACAAAAAAGAAAAAGAAGACAGAGAACAAAUCCAAAAACAGUACUGAAGUGCCAAAGGGCGGCAGCAGAGUGGAGGAGAGGAAGAGGGACAAAAAGCAAAAUGCUUUCGUUAAGAAAGGAGCAAAGAAGACGACUCUUAAGACUAAGACAAGUAAAAAGGGAGGCAAGCUUGCUCAGAAGGGGGUGGGGCCGACAGACCCUCCUUCCGAGGAGUUGGCUCAGGUGGGGGUGUCUCCAGUUCCUGCACUCCCUCAGGCUGAGGUUGCCCUGUCAGGAUCUACUCAGACAGAGCUUCCUUCUCCCAUGGAUAUUGCUCACACAGAGCCUGUCCAGAUGGAGGUUUCCCAGACAGGGCCUCCUCAGGCGGAGCAGCCUCUUCCCAUGGAGCCUGCUCAAAUGGAGCCAGCUCCUCCUGUGGAACCUCCCCAGGUAGAACCACCUACCUACAUGGAGCCUCCCCCUCCCACAGAGCCUGCUGACAUGGAACCUUCCCCUCCCGUGGAGCCUUCUCAGAUAGAUCCUUCACCUCCCAAUAUGGAGCCGCCUCAGGUGGAGCCACCUCCUAUGGAGGAUUGUCAGAAAGAGCUGCCUUCUCCUGUGGAGCAUGCUCAGACAGUUCCUACUCAAGAGGAGCCCCCUCCUGUCUCGGAGCCCCCUCAAGCCAAGCCAAUCAAAAGGUCAUCUCCCCGGAAAGAGAGGGCAAAGGAGAAGCGGAGCAUGCGGAGUGAGACGGUGCUGCAGGAGCAGGUCCUUAUGGAAGUUGGCUUAGUGCCUGUUAGAGAUAGCAAGCUUCUGAAGGGAAGCAAGAGCGCACAGGAGCUCCCAGCCCCGCCGGCACCACCACCGAAGGGAAACUCAAGAGAAGAGACACCCAAGGACCAAGAAAUGCUCUCUGACGGGGAAGGAAGUAAAGCAUCCCCUCUCAAGGAAGUAGGAACAGACGAAGCCGGUGAGAGUCAAGAGGAGCUCGCUGCUCCCGUGGAAUCUACCGGGGUUUCAUCCUCUGAAGAAAACUCAAUCGUGCCAGAUGGUGAGACGUUACACAGCAAGUGGCAUACUGGCUCCACUGGGGACUGUGAAAUGGAAGUGGACACUGAGCAGAAGACAGACAGUGUUCCCGUGAAAGACUCAGCAGCAGAGCCCGUGCCACCUCUUACCCCAACAGUGGAACGGGAAGUGGCUGUGCCACCUCUUACCCCAACAGUGGAACGGGAAGCCCCGUCACCAGCUGUAAUGGCCUCCCCUCCUAUCACUUUGGCUGAAAACGAGUCUCAGGAAAUUGAUGAAGAUGAAGGCAUCCAUAGCCAUGAUGGAAGUGACCUAAGCGACAACAUGUCUGAGGGGAGUGAUGACUCAGGACUGCAUGGAGCUCGGCAGGCGCCGCAAGAAGCUACUUCAAAAAAUGGGAAGGCCGGGUUGGCUGUUAAAGUGACCGAGGGAGAGUUUGUGUGUAUUUUCUGUGAUCGUUCUUUUAGAAAAGAAAAAGAUUAUAGCAAACACCUCAAUCGCCAUUUGGUGAAUGUAUACUUCCUUGAAGAAGCAGCUGAGGAGCAGGAGGAGCAGGAGGAGCAGGAGGAGCACCGAGCGGACUUGUGAGCAUGCCUCUAACUUUGAGUGUAGACAAACGCGAGCUUGCUUUAAUUAGUCUCCAGUGCUGAGUUUUCAGUAACAUUCUUUUUCUUAGGACUGUACAUCCAUUUAGUGUUUGUUGUAUAAAUCUUAGCAAAUCCUAGGGAGUUAAUGUAAGAAAACAUACGGAACUAGCUCAUGCAGUCAGGUGAAAGGAGAAGGGUGAGAUGGCGCAACACGCCACCUGCCUUGUCUGCUUCCAACCUGUCAGGUUUUCUCUUCUGUUCACCGUAGUUCCUAAUUUUUAGUUCCUUGUUUAGAUUGAAAAAUUUGGCUUAGUAAAUUACUUGAAGAAUUUGCCUGCUUUAUAUAAAUAAAGUUAGCACUUUACGGUUUCUUUAGAGAUGGAAAAAGAUUUAAAUUGAAGAGAAAUUCUCAACAUUGGACAUUGUAUCUGUCCAGGUAAUUGCUUCCUAACUUGCUAUCAAUAUUUUGAUUUUGUGUUUAUAUGUUAAUCGUUAUAAAAAGUGAUUUUUGGUAUUUUUUUAUUUUGGUGCUUUUCUGGCUUAAGAUGUUGCACAUGGUUCUUGUUUUUGUUUCUUUAACCUAUGCAGUUAAUUUCCCUUCCCCCCAGAAACAGCAUUGUGUUAAAUAGUAACACUCUAUACAUAUAUAUAUGCAUGUUUUUUGUUUUUUUCCUUUUUGGAGGGAUGCUUUUAGGCUUGUUUGCAAAGGGCCAUUUUUCUUUUCUUUGCUGCAGUUUUCUUUUUUGCAGAACAUUAGUGUGUGCAAGUUUAUUACCAAUGGAACAUGCAGGUUCAAUCCAUUGUUUUGGUUUUUGUUUUGUUUUAUUAUUUUUUUAUUUUAAAUUUCACCUUAUCUAUGCCAGAAUUAGUUUCAUAAGUUAUUUUGAAUGGUGAGGAUAUGUGUAAUUUCACAGCUUUCCAGUCUUUUUUUUUUUUUGCAGUAAACCACUAGAUGCAUAUUGAACAAUAUUUGUCUCACAAAUCAGCCCCCAGAGUUAUUUUGCUGUUUCUAGCUUAUUAUAGUGUGAUCAUUCUUUGAGGAGUUUCUUCAGUAGAUGGUGGAUGUUGGGAUGGCUACUCUACUGAGUAGAGAACUCCAAGUGAUGUUUGGAAGCAGCAAACCUGGAGUGAGACAUAAUUACCCUGCAGACUGUAGACUGUGAGUCGUGAGAAAGUCACUGUGGUCACAUGACUAGUCUAGUGGAAAGUGCUGAGUUCCAGCAAGCAGCUGUUGCUUCUUCCAGUGAGUACUGAGAAGGCCGAUGCUAAUUAAGUACAGUCCGGAGUUUAAGCAUCAUAUUUUCUCAGGGAUCUCCACAAGUUAGUGGGUGUCCUCGCUGUCCCUGUGAGACAGCCUCUGUACAGGAGAGGCCUUAAGUGAAUUGUAGCUGUCCUGGUGUUCCUCUGGAGACACUGUAUGAGAAACUGCAUGUACUCCAGAACUGGUUCUCUGUGUUCUCCAGAGCAUGAAAGAGCCCAACGUGGGCUUUCUUACUGGUAGUAGUAAAUUGAGUAUGAGCCCAGUAGGAAUUUGUGACAUUUUGAUGGAAUAACUUCUGUAUUUCAGUUAUUUUACCUGGCGAUCUCUGAGCAGGCUUCAGAUUUUGACAGUUGAUGAACGAUAUGAUAAGCAUUAAUGUGUGGGUGAAAAGCUUGGUGAAAUUCUGAGUGAAGUUUUAGUUAAAGUUGGUUGAACUUGGAAUUGACUGGGAGGCCAAAGAUUUAAAAAGCAGAAGAUUUCUUAAGACACGAGUUGUGUGAUAAUGUUGUGUGUUUUGUGUGUGUGCAUGAGACUUUGUAAAUGUUGAAUUCUAGGCUCCGACAAUCAUUGUAGUGCAGAUCAGACUGCGAGUAUUUAUGUUUUAAAUUUAAAUUAUAAAGCUAGUUAAGUCUUUGUAACAACUAGUUUUAAUGUUCACGAGCAGGUUUUGCCUACAUUACCUUUUCAAGAUGUUGAAAAAGAUGCUUCUGCAAGCACGGGUUGGGAGCUGGGAGCUGGCUGGCUUUUAGGAAGAGGUCUUUGUGGAGUCUCUGUUGCAAAGGAAAGCAAUGCCGUCUGGGGACUAAGUUUUAAUCUUUAGUCUUCAAGAUUAGAAGUAAAAAAACAAAAACACAAUGGAAAUUAAAACCUCAUUAAAUAAGUCUUUAAAAACCUGAAAUUGAGUGGGACUUUUGAGGGCUUUCUUCCAGAAAACAAGGACUCUAUCCUCAGGCCUAUGUUAGGCCUGACUCUUGGUGCCAUGUAUUUGUAGUUAAAAUCAUUUCAGUGGAAAGUCUCUUAGUGAUUGAAACUUCUAGGACAGUUGGGAGUUCUUCCGUCUGAAAACUGUGAUACGUGCAUGGGAUUGUUUGAAUCUUGUUUUCUAGUCUCUCCCCUUCCCCAUCACUAUCUUCAUAGUCUGAAGGUAGGUUUUUCUCUUGAUAAAGGAACACAAAAAUGAACAUCUUACUUGUAAAUUGAUAUCUAGUAACUAGUGGUAAACUUGAAAUGGUAGAAUUCUUUACAGCCUAAUCCUAGGUAGCCUUAGAGAAAUGUAUCUUAAUUAUUUUUGAACUUGUAUUCACCUUGUCUUUUCAAGAUAUUUUAAAUUAUAUUUUCUUUUUCAGAGCUGCUUUUUAUUUUGGGGCUACUUUUUUUUUUAAUUGAGGCGUAAAUCAUAAAAGGCUACGUUGUUUUGAUGAGACUUUUUACAACUUCGUCAGGUUGUCUUUCUCUAGUCUUCCAACAAGGGUCAUUUUGCUUUUUUAGAUUUACUUUUAAAGUCCUGACAUGGGCUACUUCAAAUGUAAAGUAAUGCUAAGUAAAACCCAAGCUCACCUCAUGCUGUUCUGCAUGAGUGUGGGCAACAGAAGGAACAACUUGCCUGUUAGAUUACCAUGCUGUUACUUGUAAACUGAAAUGCUGAGGAAACUGUUUUCUUUGCAAAAAAAAAUCAAGGUUUCCUGGUUGAGCACACGAGGUGAGCUGCUAGUCUUAGUUCAGAAUGACCUGACUGUGUAGACUUCAGUCUGUGUACUGCUGGCUAUGUGUGACAGCUAGCAUCUGCAGUUCUGUGUAUGUCCCGUAGGCUCCCGUUAGUUACUGUACUCUUAAAACUGGUAUUGUGACAUUACAACAAUGUUUUGCGCCAAUUUUAUAAACCUUUACAGUGCAAUAUGUGUUACUUUUCUGAGGCAAACCAAAGGUAUAUUUCUCAAGGUUCUGCUGCCUUCAAGCAGCAUUUGAUGGAGGAUUUUUUUAUACAUUUGUAAUAGAUAGCUGAAACAGAUUGCAGUUUGUUUUUUGUUAUUUUUUUUUUAAAUUGUAAACCAUGUACCAAGUUUCUGGUCAAGAUUGUGUAGGGUAAGUUAAACAUAAUUGCAUUCUAUUAACCAAUAUGAGUGUAUUUCUUAUGCAUAUAGUUACAUUGAAAUAAAGUUCUAAAAACUAUCA